CCAAUCAACUCUCUACAUAUCUAUCUCUUUUAAAACUGACCACUCAUCACCAUCCCCGCCUUCACACCACCAAAUCUCUCAAUACAUAAAGCAUUCUGUUCUGCUUACAAACCCAAUUUUAUCUCAUUACCAAUAUCAACAAAUACAUCUCACGCGCCGCCGAAUUCAUUCAACUUGAUCAUCUAUCUAACUUAUCAUAAAUCACAUAAAUACUUGCCUUCUCUCUCUGACUUACAUCCCACAAUCGAGUCACUCCAAUAACUCUUAGACUUCAAUCACCGCAUUCAUCAGCUAUAAAACCAUCACUCGAAGGAUUAAAUAAAUAUACACAAAAAUGGUUGGAAUGGAUAUGGGAAAGCCAGGUGGUUUACCUGCUUUACCACCAGCUUCUACAAAAGCUAAACUUGUUGGAAUCUCAAUGGCACUCUUUGCUGCUUUUGGAGGCUACCUUUAUGGAUAUGACACGGGUUAUAUUUCGGGUACCAAAGAAAUGCCAUUCUGGCUUCGAACUUUUGGAGAACAAGACGCGACUGGGACAUAUGUACUUAGCACUGCCAAUGAUUCCCUAGUCACCUCAAUUCUCUCGAUAGGAACUUUCGUAGGGGCAUUACUUGCCUAUCCCUUUGGUGAUAUACUCGGCAGACGAUGGGGUGUGAUUGCUUCAUGUGGGAUAUUUUGUAUAGGUGUUGCAUUACAAACUGCUUCCACGACUAUUCCAGUCUUUGCAGUUGGUCGAGUUUUCGCUGGAUUGGGAGUCGGUUUAACUUCUUGUUUGGUACCUAUGUAUCAAUCUGAAUGCGCACCUAAAUGGAUUCGAGGAGCGGUAGUGGCUGCUUAUCAAUGGGCGAUUACCAUCGGAUUAUUAAUCGCAGCUGUAGUUGUUAAAGCAACUAAAAAUCGUCCAGAUGCAAGUUGUUAUCGAAUUCCCAUUGCUCUACAAUUUGUUUGGGCCUUUAUCCUUUCCCUUGGGCUCUAUUGUCUACCAGAAUCUCCCAAGUUUUUGAUCCUCAAAGGCAGAGAAGUAGAAGCCAAAGCUUCUUUAAGCCGAUUGCUCUCUUUGCCAGCAGAUUCUGAACAAGUCACAAGAGAAUAUGAUGAAGUCGUCGAUUCAUUGGAAAUCGAACGUACACUUGGAUCUGGAUCUUAUGCCGAUUGUUUUAAAUCUGGUCAAGGUAGGUAUCUUCUUAGAACCUUGUCUGGGAUGGGAAUCCAAGCUCUUCAACAACUUACUGGUAUCAACUUUAUCAUUUAUUACGGAACCUCAUUCUUCAAGAACAGUGGAGUAGAUGACCCAUUUACCACCACAGUCAUCAUUGAUGUUGUAAAUGUAGUCAUGACUAUUCCAGGAAUAUGGGCUGUUGAUAAGUUUGGUAGAAGGUCCACCCUCAUGUUCGGAGCUGCUUUGAUGGCUAUAUGUCAAUUCAUCAUACCUAUCCUUGGGCUCACUAUACCUGCAAGUAACCUCGCUGGUCAACGUGCUUUGAUUGCCCUUGUCUGCAUUUAUAUUGGAGGUUUUGCAUCCACUUGGGGCCCAAUCGCUUGGGUUGUAACCUCUGAGAUCUAUCCUUUAGCUAUCAGGGCUAAAGCAAUGUCUCUCUCAACAGCAUCAAAUUGGGCAUUGAACUUUGCAAUUGGAUAUAUGACACCUUAUCUUGUAGACGUUGGACCUGGAAAGGCAGGAUUAGGAUCUAAUGUAUUUUGGAUUUGGGGAGGGUUUUGUGCGAUCUGUUUUGUCUUCACAUUCUUCUUUAUUCCUGAAACUAAAGGAUUAUCAUUAGAACAAGUUGAUGAACUUUAUCAACACAGUUCAAUAAUCGGAUCAAAUAAAUAUAGACAGAAAAUCUUAACUGAUGAAGCUAAUCGAACUGAAGGAGUAGUAGAUGAGAUUAGGAAUGAUAGUUUUAAAGAUAAAGAAAAUCAUACAAUUCAUCAUUAGUGUAAUCUUAUUUUUAUCAUCGAAUCAUAUGAAUUGUUUAUGUUUUUUUUCUUUGUGGAUGAGUUUCUUAUUAGUCAGCAUUGUUUUACUUUGAUCUUUUUUUUGUUAUUGUGUUUGUAUUACAUGCAUUAUUUUAAGGACCCUGGUAUAGACAGCCUCCCAUGUCGGUCCACGCAGGCCCUUACAGGCCUAAGUGGUUCUAAGACAGACUUCGGCCCAGUGUUUUUAUAAAAGCGCCAUGUGUGGGACACAUCCAUUUUAGUAAUGCUCAGAAGAUUCAAAUUUUAUUAUUGUUCAUCUUUUUUGUAAAAAAUCUUGAACUUGAAUCAUCGGGAUGUAAGCUGCAUGUAGCAAGAAAAUUUGUAAUGAGAAAAUUAUGUUUUUGUAACUAGCCAUUGUCUUUUCUGAGGAAGCAAUGAAUUGCAUCCAAACCAA